GCCUGCUUCCAGUCCCUGAGGGAAGCGGCGAGGGCUUGUGCUUGUCCGGCUCCUGCUGACCUUUGGCCCCUCAGGCAGUGCCCUCGCAGAGCUGUCCUCGUCGCCCCUCCUCCCCGGCUCUGGUAACAACACCCUAGCUCAGAGCCGGGGAGGGGAGGAGCCUUUCGCGUAGCGCCCCUGGUGCCUCCAGUAAGCCUAGAGUCGGCCCGCCCCGAGGGGCGUGAGGGGGCGGGGCUGAGGACUUAGGACUCCGGCCCAUAGACCGCCUCCCGCCGAGCCAGAGCAGGCUUCCCAGUCUGGUGUUGAGAGAGCCAUGACGGCGCUGCGGGGGCUCUGGCCCGAGAUGCAGGACACCUGUAUCUCGCUGGGGCUGAUGCUGUCGAUCGUGCUGUUCAUGGGGCUGGCCCGCGUGGUCACCCGGCAGCAGCUGAACAGGCCCACUGCCCACGCCUUCGUCUUGGAGUUUCUGGCCACGUUCCAGCUCUGCUUCUGCACCCAUGAGCUGCAACUGCUGAGCGAGCAGGAACCCCUGCACCCCACCUGGCCACUGACGCUAACCUACUUCUUCUCGUUGGUGCAUGGCCUGACUCUGGUGGGCACCUCAAGCAACCCGUGCGGCGUGAUGAUGCAGAUGAUGCUGGGGGGAAUGUCCGCUGAGACGGGUGCGAUGAGGCUGUUAGCUCAGCUGAUUGGUGCCCUGUGCAGCAGGUACUGCAUGGGCGCCCUGUGGAGCCUGGGACUGACCAAGUAUCACGUCAGCGAGAGGAGCCUCGCUUGCAGGAAUCCCAUCCAAGUGGACUUGCCCAAAGCGGUCAUCAUAGAGGCCGUCUCCUCCUUUAUCUUCCACAGCGCUUUGCUGCACUUCCAGGAGGUCCGAACCAAGCUUCGUAUCCACCUGCUGUCAGCACUCAUCACCUUUUUGGUCUAUGCAGGAGGAAGUCUAACAGGAGCUGUAUUUAAUCCAGCUUUGGCACUUUCACUACAUUUCAAGUGUUUUGAUGAAGCAUUCCUUCAAUUUUUUAUAGUAUAUUGGCUGGCUCCUUCUUUAGGUAUAUUGCUGAUGAUUUUGAUGUUCAGUUUUUUCCUUCCAUGGCUGUAUAACAACCACACAAUUAAUAAAAAGGAGUAACUAUUCUAAAAGACUCAGACUAAGUUUCAGGACAGUCAAGAUGGAUGUGAUAAAGAUUUUAUCACCUAAUAUUCACACACUGGCUGCACUGGAUUCGUCAAUGUUAUCUUCCUUUGAAGAAACUGCCUUAGAGUUUUCAUCACUGGGACUUAAAAAAAAUUACUGUGAAAAUGAGGUAUCCUGUGUUUUUCAGUUAAGACUUGUUCUUUUAAGCGUGUAUUAAAUGCUGCUAGAAAAGACUCUUUAAAUAUAAAUCUCAAGUGAUAAUUGUUAAUUUUGAUGAAAAAGAAAUUGAGUACAGGGUGAGAAGGGAAGGGAAGGGAAGGGAAGGUGAUGGUAGGACCAAGAAAGAGUACGUGUAUCAUGUGUCACCUGAAUGAACAAGAUUUUUAACCAAAGUUCAAACAGUCAUGCUUACAAAACUGGAGAGAGGAUACUUUUCAGCCACUACCUCACACAGUGAUACCAUCAGCAGUGUCAUCUUUCAAUAGGAAAGUUGCUUUUGGAAGUAGAUUAUAUACCUACUCAUACUCAAGGGGGUUCCUGAAUUUUAAAUAUAUUCUAAUCUAAAAUAUUUUCUCUAAAUAGACAAUCUCACCAGCUUUAGGCAAACCGUCAUUCUUUAGUAGAAUAAAGCACUCAUACAAGGUGUAAGCUUUUCACAUUCUCAUCGGACUAAACAGCUACCUUAUGAAGUAGGCAGGGCAUGUAUUUUUAAUCUCCAGUUUACAGAUAAGGAAACGAAGUCUAGAAGGGGGUUUACUGCUUUGCCCAAGGUCAAAUACAGCCAAAUACCAUCUUUAAACUUCUACUUCAAUACAAAAAAAUAUUCUCCGUCAUCAUUAAGACUAAUGGAAAAUUGAAGAUUUUAAAGAAACAUUAAAUACUUUAUAAUGUUACAAUCUGUUUAGGAAUUAACAGCGGGUUUUUUUAGGCUUAAAGAACCUUCAAGUUUUCCUCUAUUAGAAGCUUUCUUUUAUUGUAUGUCUACUUUUUAUUAAAAGUUCAGAUGAUAAAAGGUUAAGUAUGUUUCUCUUCAAAGGAAUUCCAUUAUCAGAGUUAAAACUGAAAGCAAAAAAAAAAGCGGGGUGGGGGGCGAAAUAAGAUCUGUUUGAGUAAUAAUCAAUGAAGCAACUGAUAAACUGCCAGGUGAUCUAAGUGCUGCUUGGUGAUCAGCCUGUGAUAGUCACUCCCUUUACACCUGCAGACUGAACCAGACUGCUGCAGGCUACCCAACAAGGCAGCCAGUUUGACAGUCAUGGACUUUGACUCUUGAACUUAGGAAUACAUACCGUAGUAUUUUCUAUUUUAAAAAGCAGAGUUCAUAAAAUUGCAACAAUGGCUAAAUGCAGUCUCUGACUUGUUUUAUUUGGCCUGCACAGUAUUUAAAACAAAAUAACAAGCUAGUUAUUUUAAGCUUUUAAACCACACAAAAAUCCAUAGUUCUAGCUUCUCUUGAAAAAAAUCAAAAGAUCAGUCAAUAUUAGGCCUGACUUCUGCUAUUACAAGCACACAAAAUGACUGGUCCCUUUAAAAUAGUCCCUUUGCCACUCCCUAUGUCUCUUCCAAACAUGAAGCUGAAUUUCACUUAUUAUUUCAUGGCUGUUUUUCUUAUAGGAAUUUUUUUUUCUUCAUGUCUCUUUAUCAUGAGACUGUGGUUUAAGAAAAUUGAGUAUUAAUUUGUGAAAAUGCCCAGCCCUCUAAACUGCACUUGUCAGAAUUAGAGGUUGUGACUUCUGAUGACACGGCUUCCCCUGCAGCCCUCUCAAAUGGUAGCUUAGCUGUUUUCUCUAUCACACCUCUUGAUACCACUGGGCCUGGAGAUGGAACAGGUCCCUUUCUCCUCAUCUAUUCUCUGCUCCCCCCAUUAAAAACAUGUCAUCAGACCAUGCCACCUUCUACCUGGGUACUUCUUAUUGCAGUUAUCUACUGUACAGUCCCCUCAAUUCCCUCUUGAUCCUUUAGGAAUUUAGUUCCUGUCUCGCUCUCACUCUCCACAACACAACUCCAGCUGUAUUUGUUGGUGAUUUCAAUACUUACAAAGACGAUCCUUCCAAUAUCUUGGCCUCCCAGUUCAUUGGCUGAACUUGAAAGGCUCUUCAAUAAUUUUUCCCUUCUCUUCUGCCUCAAUGACAACUUUGGUCAUAACCUUGAGCUUGUCAUUACCAAUAACUCAAACUCUUCUCUGAUCUCAAAUACCUCAUUCCCCAACCACUAACCCCUCUCUCCAGCUCACUCGCCCUACUAUCUCAUCUCCAAUGAUCCUCUGAACCCCCCAUGGGGAACUUCUGCCCACCGAUACCACCACGUUUUCACAUCUUUCUCCCCUCUCAAUUACUCUCGUCUCCUUCAGCAGCUUAAAUUACACUCUUACAUAGAAUCUUAACUCCCUUGUUCCUUUAUCUCAUCAUACUCACAUGGCUUAACCACAAUUUGAUUAAAUCCAACUGUCUGCUUAUUCCAUGCCUGCACCCAAACAUGAAAUAGAAGAAAAACUGGAGAUAGCAGCAGGACAGUUCUUUCAAAGACUUUUGCUGUAAGCAAAGAAAACAUGGGGGAAAUUGGGUCAAGAAAGAAUUUCCUUUUUUAAGGUGGGAAAGACAUCAGCAUGCUGAUGGGGAAUGCUGAGGGGAAUGAUGCAGUAGAGAAAAUAAUGAUGUAGGAAAGGGAGGGGAGAUUUCCCAGGUCCAUAGUUUUUAAUUGGCUAGCAAAGAUGGAAGCAAGUGCACAACUGAAGGGGCUGGCCUUAGCUAGAAGCACAGACAGAUCAUUCAUAGUAACAGGAGAAAAGGUAAGAAUAUAUGGGCACAAGAAGAGUUGGUUAAGCAGAUGUGAUGGUGGGAGUCUGAAGAAGUUCUUCAGUUUUCUUCUUCCCAUUUUUUCUUGAAGCAUUCUAGUCAGCCCUUCAACUCUACCAUUCCACUGAAAUUCCUGCCAAGGCCAUCAAUGACUUCCAUGCUGUUAAAUCAAGUUCUCAUACUUCUUACCUAUCAGCAGCAUUUGAUACAAUUUAUUGCUUUCUCCUCCUGGAUCACUUCACUUCCAGAAAAUUAUUGCCUUCUCAGUUUAUUCUUCCUCCUUUCCCCAAACUAAAUGAUAAGAGUUUCCCAGGGCUCAGUCCUCUGAGCUCUUUUCUAUUUAUACUUACUCCCUUGGUAAUUUUAUCCAGUCUUGUGGCUUUAUGGCAACUAUAUCCUAAUAACUGCCAAAUUUCUGUCUCCAGCUUGUACAACUGUCCUGAACUCCAGACUCAUAUCCAUCUGUAAAUGUAACUCUAUACUUGGUUGUCUAACAUAUAACUCAAGUUAAUACAUGCAGCUCUAGUUAAUUCAAACUGCAUAGUUUACCCAUUCUAUUGAUGGUAUUUGUUCUUACUCACUAUUAAAUCAAUGCAUGUGAUAAAACAUUCUUGUGCAUGUCUUCUUGUGUACGUGUGUUUUUCUAGGGUAGUAGGCUUUCAUACUUUUCAUUAUGGCCUACUAGCAUAGUUUGGUCAAGCCUCCAUCUACUUACUCCUGUCCAGAUUAUUGCAAUAACUUCCUGUUUCUAUUACCAGAGUGAUCCUAUUAAAACAAUCAAAUCAUGCAACAGCUCUCUAUUUCAGACUUAAAGGCAUAUAUUCUUCGAUUUAACUAUUACAAAACUGUACACAACUGUUGGUGCAAAAUAUUAAUGUGUUGGGAAAAACUGCACAUGAACCAAUGUGAUUUCUGGGUUAUACGGACAUCACUGCCCUACUCAGCAAUCAUUUGUGAGCUAGUUCACAUUAUUUAAAAACACACUGUAGCAAAACUGUAUUAGAAUGCUAGGGCUAGAAUAACCACACUUUAAAGCAUCCUACAUAAGGAAUAAUUCCUAGCUUCUAAAAGCACACAGGAUUCCACAACUUCUUGCUUUUAAAAGACACUGUAAACAAAAUGAAAAGACAAGUCACAGACUAGGAGACUGGAAUCUAGAAUAUAUAAAGGACAGAUGAGUAAGAAAAAAAUAACUUAAAACUGGGCAAAAAAUAUGGAAAAGUCAAAUGUACAAAGCAGGAAGGUGUUCAAUCUCACUAAUAAUCAGGAACAUGGAAAUUACAAUCCUGAUGAAAUUCUACUUCCAUAUUCAUCAGGUUGGCAGAAAUUCAGGAGUCUGGAAAUAUCAAAAAUUGAUGAGGAUAUAGAGAAGCAUUAUUCCCUAAUGGUGGAACUGUAAAUAGCUACAAUCGUUUUGGAGAACAGUUUAGCAAAAUCUAGCAAACUUUAAGAUUUACAUAAGUGGGGCUUCCCUGGUGGCACAGUGGGUUCAGAAUCCGCCUGCCAAUGCAGGGGACAUGGGUUAGAGCCCUGGUCCAGAAGGAUCCCACAUGCCGCGGAGCAACUAAGCCCGUGCACCACAACUACUGAGCCUGCGCUCUAGAGCCUGCGAGCCACAACUACUGAGUUCAUGUGCCACAACUACUGAAGCCCGCGUGCCUAGAGCCCAUGCUCCACAACAAGAAAAGCCACUGCAAAGAGAAGCCUGUGCACCGCAACAAAGAAUAGCCUCUGCUUGCCACAAGCAAAGAAAGCCUGCACGCAGCAAGAAAGUACCUAAUACGGCCAAAAUAAAUAAAUAAUUAAAAUUUUAAAUCUUAAAAAAAGUAAAUAAAGUGCUUAAGUAGGAAAAGCAGCAGAAAGAUUCAAUUAAUAAAAGUUAAAAAAAACAUGCAACCCAAUACUAUAUAGUGUUUAUAGCAUACAUAUACAUUUAGCAAAAAUACAAACACAUACAUAGUUAUGAUCAAUACCAAAUCUGGGAUGGUGGUUACUUCUGAAGAGGAGGAAGGGGACUGGGAUCUGGGGAAUACAAAGGGAGCUUCAACUGUAUUUGUACAAUUUUAUUUCUUAGCUGCAUGUGAGUAUAUGGGUAUGUGUUACAUUAGUAUUUUUUUUUUUAACUGAAGUAUAGCUGAGUUACAAUAUUACAUUAUUUUCAGGUGUAUAGCAUAGUGACUCAGUAUUUUUGCAGAUUUUACUCCAUUAUAAGUUAUUACAAGAUAAUGACUAUAAUUUCCUGUGCUACACAAUAUAUCCUUGUUGCCCGUUUACUUUUUACAUGAUAGUUUGCAUCUGUUAAUCUCAUACCCCUAACUUGUCCCUCCCUCACUUCUCUCUCCCCUUUGGUAACCAAUAGUUUGUUUUCUAUAUCUGUGAGUCUGUUUCUGUUUCGCAUAUACAUUCAUUUGUAUUAUUUUUAGAUUCCACAUAUAAGCGAUAUCAUAUAGUAUGUCUUUUUCUGACUUAUUCCACUAAGCAUAAUAUUCUCUAGGUUAAUCUUUUUAAUAUGCCCAAAAUAUUUCAGAACACAAAUUAUUUAUAAAGUUAGGUAACGAUAACCAACUUUUCCUUUACCUGCAGAGUUUUGCAUUUAAACAAUGAAUAAUUGUAAAUUUUUUAAUUCUUUGAAACUCUAAACUACAAUAUAUAGCCCAGAUCCCUAUUCCUCAGAUAAAAAUUACAACCAUGCAGGAGAUGUGUUAGUUUUCUAGUACCACCAUAACAAAGUACCAUAAACUAGGUCGUUUAGAAUUACAGAAAUUUAUUCUCAGUUCUGGAGGUCAGAAGUCCAAGCAAGGUGUCAGCAGAGCCAUGAUCCCUCUUAAAGGCACUAGGGAAGCAUCUGUUCCAGACCUCUCUCCUAGCUUCUGGUAGCCUCAGGCAUUCCUCUGCUUGUACAUGCAUCACUACAAUCUCCCAUCUUCACAUGGCUUUCCCUCUGCCAUGUCUGUCUCUGUGUCCAAAUUCUCCCUUCUGAUAAGGACACCAGUAAAUAUUAUAUUAGGGCCCAUCCUAGUGACUUCAUUUUAACUUGGUCACCUCUGUAAAAACCCUAUGUCCAAAUAAAGUCACAUUCUGAGAUGCUGGAGGUCACGACUUCAACAUAUCGUUUUGAGGGGACACAAUUCAACCCAUGAACACGGGAAAAAUACUCGUCUCCCUCCUACCCCAGUCCCCUACUUCUCCCCCAAACAACUUUCUUAUGCACAUGAUACGUAUAAUCCCCAUUGUAACCUCCAGCCCCUUUUCUUCUAUACAAAUAUCUGUGUCUUGUUUUUUAAUCUAAUGUUAUCUUGGAGCUUAUUCAUUAUUGGUACAUAGUAUCUAACCUUUUUUUUUUUUAACAUCUUUAUUGGAGUAUAAUUUCUUUACAAUGGUGUGAGUUUCUGCUUUAUAACAAAGUGAAUCAGUUAUACAUAUACAUAUGUUCCCAUAUCUCUUCCCUCUAACCAAUUCUUUUUAAGGGAUACAGUUUUCCACUGUACAGAGGUACUGUAAAUAAUUGACCCAGGCUUAACUAUAGACAUUGAGGUUGUUUUCAGUCUUUUACAAAUAAAGUUGCAAUUAAUAUCCUUGCGCUUAUGACUUUUCCUAAUGUGCAAAUUUAUCUUUUAGAUAAAUUCCUUUAAGUGAAGUCUCUGGGUCUCUCAUGUGCAUUUUAAGCUUUGACAAAUAUCAACAGUAUGUCCCUCAGUUUCUAUAAAAACCUUUCUUUAAUUAUAUACAACCCCAAUUUAUAGUUUUUGUUGUUGUUGUUUCUGUUUGUUUGUUUUUUAAGGUUUGGGGAUGCAGUAGACAGCUGUAAAUUUUGCAAGCCAGCAUCCAAGCCUCCUUUCUAUUUGGGAUAAUCCACUACUGUGAGAAUCUGGGCAGGGGCAGUGCCCUUCCACUACAGAAGCUGAAAGGGCCAGACAGUCCUGUCUUCUGGCAACACACACAGUGCCAACCAGGACCCUGUGGUGACUCAAAGACACAGAAGCAAUUCAAUCAGUCUAACACCCAGAGGAAUCACAACAUCUUAUGUAAACCAAUCCUAGUUCCUAACCUUUUUCUGAGCCUGGUUUAUUUCAGCUUUCAUGUCCAUUUUGUGAGCUACCAGAUAGCCUUUUUUUUGCCUUUUUUUUUUUUU